AUGGGAAAGAUAAUCUUUUUUGAGGACAAAAACUUCCAGGGCCAGUGUUAUGAGUGUAACACUGACUGCCCAGAUCUGCACGCCUUCUUUAGCAGAUGCAACUCCAUCCGUGUGGAGGGUGGAAACUGGGCGCUCUACGAGAAAACAAAUUAUGUUGGGUACCAAUACAUUCUGACCAGGGGGGAAUACCCAGACUAUCAACACUGGAAUGGAUACAGUGACAGCAUUAAAUCAUGUCAAAUGUUCCCGAUGUUAGGGACUCCUGGUGGUUUAUUCAAAAUUAGAAUUUAUGAAAGGCCAGAAUUUGGUGGACAGAUGAUGGAAUUGACUGAAGAUUGCUCCUCCAUCCACGAUCGUUUUCCGUACCGUGAAGUCCAAUCGAGCCAAGUGCUGGAUGGCUCCUGGGUUUUCUACGAGCACCCGAACUUCAGAGGGAGGCAGUACCUGCUGGAGAGAGGAGAGUACAGGCGCUUCUCUGACUGGGGUGCAAGCUUUCCCACUGUGGGAUCCUGCCGUCGUAUUACAGAGUUGUAG